AGCCAACCUGAAUUGUUUUCUGUGUAGCACCAAUGACUUAAGGUCUUUGGGUAAUGAAACGUUCUUGUGGAGGAAAACGGAGUCAGCCGAAGAUGUCUCUUGAUUGGCCAGAUCACGCUGCCAUUUGGAUCUUAAUGAUGGAGCAUGCGCUCCACUUUCGGAGGUGUUUUGUGGACCGUUCUAAUUGCUAUUCACGCAUCUGGCUCUGGUCGUUGAUCCGCUUAUUCACAGCUCGCCUUAAUUAAUCCCCAAAUAGACAAUGGAGUGCUCUGGAUUUCGGGUGGCUCGUUGCAUGUUUCCCAAGUGGAUCACAUCGCCAUGUAUCGCUCAAAGCUGCAGAACGUCGGAGAUUUCGGCCAGGUCAUCCUGCUGCUGAUCACCCUGAUUCGACCCAUUCAUGGACUUCUGCUUUUUCCCACCUCAACGGUGCUCCAGCUGACCUCAUCCAUCUCCAUUCCCGCCGACCUGAACACCCGCACCAAAGUAUUCAUGGACAUGGGCUUUCAGAUGAACUACAACCUGCCGCCCACGGUGUCCGCCUUCUACAAUGCCACCAUCUGGGCCGAUGAGCUGUCCCGGAGACAAAAGCGCCAGUUGGACAACAGCCUGGUUGCUAAUCUACAGCAGUGGGAUCUGGAGGGCGGCAUGCAUCCCGGCGAUUUUACAGCCGGUCAAUUGUACAAGGGUAUAGAAAACAUGCUCGAAACCUAUGGUUUCCAUAGAUCCUGUCUGCUCCGCAGUGUCUGCGAACUGGCCCUGCAUCCUUUUGCAGAGGACCACUUCUAUGGAAUGGUCACCCAAGUUAUAACCUUCCUGCUCACACCAUCUCAACACGAGGGAUUCGCCGAGGACGAGCAGCAUUAUCGUGAUAGAUACGAAAAAGCCGAGCAAAUUGGUUUUCUCGGUGGUCAGUGUCAUCUAUCAUAUCCGAGUUGCCAAGCAGAUAUCAUAAACCUAGCCACCCGACUGGUCAGAUGAAAUAAAUAUC